UAUUUGACCAAUGACUAAGGGAAGCUGGUGGAGCUCCCAUCUCCAGGUUCCUGGUGUGCACUACGUAUAUUCGACGUCAUCGAUAAUUGAGGCAGCUCUAUAUAACCUCAACUUCACAACUUUUUCCUUUUCAUCAACUCCAUACUCUUUAGCAGCAAGACAUUAAUUGAAAGACACAUCUACUGCCUCGUCAUUAAUCGACAGUACAAAGAAGUAUACAUCAUCAUCUCUACCUCUACAGAAUUUAUCAACAUGCCUCGCGGAGCCGAAUACGACAACGGAGUCCCUCAAUCCGACAACGCCAUUGAGACAGGCCCUACUAAAGCCCAUGGCACGAACCCUGGCUCAGAUAUAGACCGCUCCGGCAAAGCAGCUGAUCUCCCCGAGACAAUGGGCGGAAACAAUCUUGCUAGUGGUGGCGGAGGAAGCACCGGUAGCGGAUCAGGGAAAGGUGGUCAUGAGCCCAAGACUUUGGGUGAUAAGAAGGGUUUGGGAAGUCAGCCUGGUGUUUAAAUCUAGAACGUUCGGAAAUGAAAUGAAGGGAUGGAUGGAUUAUUGGAAUGAAUGAAUGAAUGAAUGGCGUCCGGCGACAUCAAUGGAUGAAUGAGAAAUGACUGAACAUUACGAUGCUCGUCGAUGGAUAUUCGAUACCGUAACCUACUUCUUUAGUCUUUAGGGACAUCAAGGAUUGGCAUGACCAGUCCCGAAACAAUACCCAUACAACAAGAUCCAUUCAUCUAUCCAUAAAUUAAAGAUGUGUAUGUACAGUUCUAAAAAGACGCAAAAGAGAAAUGAAAAUCGGCGCUCAUAAGAAUAAACUGUAUUCCUGUACAAUGCUAACUGGGAAGAUAGCGUAGAAGGAAAGGUAUAAGGUAGUAAGUAUCGUGGUACAAUAAAUCACAGUCGGAGAAAAGUAGAAUAAUGUGGUAUAAUAUGUAGUCUUCUCAAGCAUCAUGGAUAUCGACUCUUAUGACUUGCUAUCAGCUUUCUUGUCAUCCUUCUCCGGUACGGGUGGAGAUGACGACGCUUCGUUCGAUGGAGACGAAGUUUCUGUCUGUGGUGAUGGUUCAGCUAUAUUCUCGGGUAAUAUGGUCU